AUGGCCCUGCGCACUUCGGCUGAUAAUGCGGAGGAUGUGGCCGCUGGGUUUACUAUAUUUCGCGAGCCUCUCCCCGAACAUGCCACAGAAAUCACCGGCCUCAUUGCCGAUCUAUAUUCCAUCAGCACGUCGCUAAAAAAACUGGAGGACCUUACGAAUGACCGCAAAUAUCGUCAUAACCUUGCUGCUGCUCACCCCGACCUGGAGCUGGUUCGUACUAGUUUGAAGUACACACUUGAAGACAUCGUCGACUUCUUCGGUGACCUCGAAGAGCGACGGGGUCCGAGUCGAGAUGUCUACAAGCACACUUGGCAGGAUCUGUGUGCAUUCUUCCGGGAAGAGUCCCAGGAUUCCUUGUCAACGCGUCUAGCAAAGUACAAGGCCUUCUUGAACGAAUUGGAAGAUCUUUUGAAGGACCAAUACCCAGAUGCAUCUCUCAUAGCUGGCCUCCGUAGUAACAUACGAGGCCUCCUAGUUCAUCAGAACAAUCGUCUUGCUCUCCAGCUGGGCUCCAUCUCGUUGAGUGCGCCGUCAUCAGCCAGCAGCAAUAGUGCCGAGCCCGGAAGUCCAGCCAGCGGUCGCAGGCCCCGAAACCGAAGAUCGUAUGAACGACAAAGGCCCCCUCUGGUGUCACAAUCGCCUCUAUCUCCAUCAUCAGGAACCUCUUCUGACAUUCCCCCAUCUGCCCCCGAUAUACCGUGUUCCCCGGUCACUAGUUCUGCUACUAGCCAAUCGUUGGGCUCCAAUUUCCCUACCGACCAUUGGGCCCGAAGAGUGUUCCUCGAGGAGCACCCAACGACGGCCAUUCCAUAUAUAGGUGAAAGCUCCAAAUGUCUUGGCGACGCUCAUCCAGGAGCGAAACGGUGGCUGUACGACGAGGGAUUUGAAGAACUCUUACAGCUAGCUUUUAAUAGCGAUUCGGAUUUUCGUGUGAGCUUAUCCAGUGACUAUUAUUGCCUCCCCUUGAAUCUACUGGAGAUUGUGCGCGUGGGAUCCUGCCUGCAACUGUGUCGACGACGGCGUGGGGGAUAUGAACUUGUAUUAUGGGCCAAUCUUAAAUUCAGCACCCUCGAAGAAAUGGUACUGUUUUUCUGUACAUUCUUGGCCCUUCGCUCCCAAGAUGCCGGCCGACCGGUAGAACGCAUCCGUGACUAUGAGCUCGAUGACGAAGUGGAACUUUUUGGCGGGCAAAUAGUCGAUGAUAAUUUCCUGCACGCUUUGCGCAUAUAUCGCGAUAAUAUAUCUGGAGUAGUCCGACUGCAGGCAUCGGUCCACAAGGGCGAGAUGAAACGAGCCCCGGUUUGGACUGCCUUUAUUACGCCUCACAUUGGUGUUCGAGGUUGGAUUCGCCGAGUGGACAGCAAAGCCGUUCUGCUGCGUGAACUCCGUCCUGUGAUCCUUACCUCUGCCGAUUAUAAUGCCCCACGAACCCCAAAAGGGGAGCAUAUAUUGAAGUUCACAAACCAUUCUGAUGCCCGAGGUUUUCUGAAAACCAUUGAAGAACUUCGGCAACUUGAGCGAUCAUAA